AUGACGAAAACAAUUUCCAAGGCAAAGCAAGUUAUUGAAAGCUUUGAUGAAAAUCAAAUCAGUGUUCUUCAUUCAUAUCAAGAUGUUUUACAUGAGAAGUUGGAAAAACUCCCAAAAUUAGGCGAAGAUAUUCUUCAGGGAACAAAGUUCGAUCUUGAGAAGGAAAUCGAGUAUAGCGGCGAUUUUAAAUGUAAUAUUAAAGAGUGUAUUUUUCAAAUCGAAAGUGUUGUAUUUACACAACAAGCAAGUGAACCCAGCACAAGUGGUGUUGCUACUCCGAAUACAAGUGUCAAUAAACUACUGAGGUUACCAAGUGUAUCAAGUCUACAGGAUGUCGUGAGUCUGAGGAGUGUCUAUGAUUCAAUUAAGGGAAAUGUUCGAUCACUAAAGAUCACCUGGGAGUUAAUUCGGAGAUCUAUGGAAGUUUUUUGGCACCUAUCAUGAUGUCAAAGUUACCAAGCGAGCUUCGUUUGAUAAUUUCACGAAAAACAACAUCUGAAAUUUGGUAUCUUGACAAUUUACUUUAUAUUAGGUAUAUAUGGGCACUGUAUAUAUGUUAGGUAUGAUAUUAUAUGUAAUAUAAGCUUCAAUUUAAGGUAAAAUUCAAAUUUUAGCCGAUUCUUUCGCCCUUUCUUAAAAUUUACAAAAUCUUGCAAAAAUGCGAGCAAAAAUGAAAUAUAUUUGCAAGAAAUUUAUCAAUCAUCAAAUCAAGAAAUGUUUGCUAUUUCGCUGUCGUCAUGCAGUCGUUAUAAUGCAAACUUUAAAUUGGACUAAUCAGUGUCCGCUAUUCAUGACAGUCCGCCAUAUUUUUGAGAUCAGUGAGGAUGACCACCCACCAAACCACUCACGGUAACCCAUGCCCGCGCUCAUUGACGAAUUUUAGACUUGGCUAAUGCUUUCGUUUCUUUGGAUAUAAAUAGCCGGGGGAAUUAGUACCCUCGCAUGGUGCUUCGUGUCGUCGGCUCAGGGAUUAUUAGAACAUUUCUGGAAAAGAUGGAGUCGCAAGUAUUUGUUAGAGCUUAGAGAACAUCGUUGUGUCAAAGGAGUUGGAAGAAGUGCGAAGGAGAAUCCGAAAAGGAGACUCCAAGGAAUCUAUGGAGAUUGGGAAAGGUUGCAAAACUUUUCAAAGGAAACGAUGGUCAGGUUAGAGCAGUUGCACUCAGAAUAUGGAACAAAGGAAAAGAAACAACGUUGCAGUGACACAUUCAGAAAAUAUAUCCAGUUGAGGGAUCUCGCAUUGACGAAACUACAAGUGUUCAGUAAGAAGGUCAGAACGAGUUGCAGCUAUCAAAGCCAGAAAGCAGCAGAGCAAACAUGGAUGAUAAGUUCUUGUUUGUUAUCACAAAUACAUAUACUGUGAUCAUUGACAUUAACGGACAUGUGUCAUUUAAUCAGGGGGAGUGUGCAUGAAAUUAGACGUUAUAUUUACCCAGGGAUUUAGCUACGGGGGUCUUUUACACCGAUGGUAAGACAAUGGCAUUUAAUCAUUCUAUAUUAUGUGUGUAGAUGAUGUAGCACUGAAUACAUGCAUGUAUACGUUAUAACUAUAUAUUCAUUUGUGUACACAUUCUUAUCUAAUAUACUUUUAGCAUUCAGUGAAAUGAACUUUGCUAUAAAAAAUGCAUUCAUCAUGCACACAGUUUUUAUGAAAUUUGUGAUUUAUGAUAUGGGCAUGUUUCUUAAUUCUAUCAUGGUCAUAUGACUUGCUUCCAGUACCAUAUUUACUUCAAUAAACACCCAAAUAAAAAUGAAUUUGUAACCAUCUCCAUGUGAAAAAAAGUGGAAAAAAGAAAAAAAGUAAAAGCAGUGGAAAGAAUCGAAAAUUUAGAGCGCUCCGAGAACACGUUGCGCGAGAAAGUAAUUGAUCUACAAACAAGGUCAAUGCGCGACAAUCUAUUAUUUUUUAACAUGCCUGAAAGUGACAAAGAGGAUUACAACAGAAAUGAUUCACAGACUGCAGGAAACUAAAAUGGGAAUGGAAGACGCACAAGACCAAAGUAAAGAUUGAUCGAUCUCAUCGAAUUGGGAGAAAGAGAGAAGAAAACCAAAAACAGAGACCAAUGAUUAAGUUUAAUUAUCACCAAGACAGGGAAUUUGUGUGACAAAACCCAAGGAAGCUGAAAGGCACAAAUGUUGGUGUAUCAGAACAGUUUCUGCAAGAAAUUGAAACCAUUCGAAAAUCUUUAUAUCCAGAACUAAAGAAAGCUAAAUCAGAAGGGAAAAGAGCGAAAAUUGUAAAGGAUAAACUUAUCAUCGAAGGGCAAGUUUUUUAUCAUAACAAAUAG